AUGAAUGGACAAGUAAUUUGUGAAGUUUGUGGCAUAUUAAUAGAUAGAAACAAAUAUGAGAGACAUAGAAAAUAUGGACACAAGGAAAAUAAGGAUAACAAAUGCGAUUUGUGCAAUAAAACCUUUACAAGUGCUUACAAUUUACAGUAUCAUUUAGCACAUCAUGUUAAUGCCAGAUUGUUUAUAUGCAACGAAUGUCCAAAAGCAUACAAUACAGCUUCAGAUCUAGCACAACAUCAAAGAACUCAUGAUAAGGGAAGAGAUCCGCUCAAGUGUGAUGAAUGUGGGAUGUUAUUUGAAGCUAGGAGUAAAUAUAAUAGUCACUUGAAGAUUCAUAAGCCAGUAGUAAAACAGCCUUAUGUACCACGAAAAGGCGAACCAAAAGAGUGUCCAAUAUGCGAAAAGAGCUUUAUUUCUCUAUCGAAGCACAACAAAAUCGUACACAUGAAUCAGCGGAACUACGAUUGUGAAUUCUGUGAUAAGAAGUUUGGGAAGAAAUCAGGUCUGGAUAGGCAUGUACUGACGGUACAUAAAAAGCAAAAGAAUUUUAAAUGUGAGCAAUGUGAUAAAGCUUUUGGAGAAAAGGCUCAAUUGAAAAAACAUGAACGUCUUCAUUUAUUCACAUAUUGUGCUAAAUGUAAAGGUCAUUUUGAAGACAUAAAACAACAUAAUGAGGAAAAGCAUAGUAAUCUCAAGCAUUCUUGUAACAGUUGCUUUAGAGUUUUUGAAAGAUUACGUGACCUGGAAAGUCAUAUGAAAACCAAGCAUUCAUCAAUCCGCUCAUAUUUCUGUGAUUACUGUAAUAAAGGAUUUGCAGAGAAAUUCCAAAUUGAACGGCAUAUGAAAGUACACAAGAGACAAUUUAUGAGAGAAGCAAGUAUCAAACAGGAUGUAGAAUUUAGUUCGAAUGAAAUAAAUGAUAGAUUUAGCCCAGAAUUAGAAGUUGAGGAAGAAAACUAUAUCGAAGUUAAACAGGAGCAAGCUUUACACCAAUCAACAACUUCAGAACUAAAAAUUAAGCUAGAAGUACUGGAUAUUAACUAUGAUUAUGAAUCUAUGAACCCAUUUUUAUCUGAUGAAAUAGAAUUUAAAAAGGAAACAUGUAUUUCAUUCGAUUUUGUCCAAAAUUAUUCAUGUGAUCAAAGUGAUGAUACAACUGUAAGAUACACUGACAAUAAAAGCAGUAAUCGCAAUCAAAAACCUAAUAAGGAACAAAGAGUAAAGAAUGCUCCUAAAAAUCUAUUAAGAAACAAGCAAGGAAUCAAGUUUACCUGUGAUAUAUGCGGUAGUCAGUUUGCUCAUAAAUUCACUGCUCGAAAGCACAUGGAUUCAAUUCACAAGAAGAUUAAGUAUGAAUGUGAAAUAUGUCACAAGACAUUUACUUUUAAGAACACACUGUACACGCACAUAAAAGUCGUCCAUCAACAGAAACGAUCCCAUGAAUGUCAGUUUUGUAAGAAAAAGUUUGGAGUCAAGUAUUCUUUAACUAAGCAUAUCGAAAAUGUUCACUCAGAGAAUCCAAGUGAACGAAAAAGAUAUGAAUGUGAUUUAUGUGAUAAAACCUUUACUUCAAACAGCGGUCUUUAUAUUCACAAAAAAGGUGUUCACGAGAAAGUCAAACAAUAUAAAAGAGCUGAACGUCAAUGCAAAAUAUGUUAUGAACCAUUUAAAACAAAAGGCCAUGACUUAGUGCAUACAAUUCAAGUUCAUAUGAAUGGAAAGAAGCUAAAAAGAAUUUGUGGAUACUGUAAACAAGAGUUUGAUCUUUACGAGGAUUUCAAGGCACACAUUGAGUCACAUGUUGGAUAUUUUAUCUGCAUGAUCUGUGAUAAAUUUUAUUAUGAUGAACACUCUCUUAAGUCCCACAAAGAUUCGCAUAAAAAAGUAGACAUAAAAUACAGAAAUUACGUCUGUGAUCAUUGUGGUGAACGGUUGUUAACAAAACUACUGAUGAAGGUCCAUUUAAGGAAGCAUACUAAAAACUAUAACCUUCACUACUGUGAUUAUUGUGGCAAAGGAUUCAAGUUUGAAUCAUCGCUUUAUACUCAUCGCAUUUAUCAUCAAGAAGGAAGAUUUGCAUGCACUUAUUGUGGAAAGAAAUUCGCCAGAAAUUCUGAUCUUAUUCAGCACAUUCGCAGUCAUACAAAUGAGAAACCAUUUAAAUGUGAAAUUUGCAGUCGAGGAUUUGCAUCCAAAACCUUGUUGAAAUUUCACAAACAAACUCAUCCUGAAACAAAUGCAUUCAAAUGUCGGGAAUGUCAUCAAGUAUUUGUGAAUAAAGUACAGUUAGCAAAUCAUGAAAUUCAAAUUCAUCCUGAAAUACGCCCGCAUUUUUGCUACAUUUGCGACUUAUCCUUUAAAUACGAACAUAAUUUAAAGAAGCAUAAUUUACACAAGCAUUCAUAA